AUGGUUUUAUUUUCAUUUCACAUUUGUAUCGCUAUAACAAUGGCCAUCACACCGGUAUUCACAAAAAAUAUAUUUGAUAUGUGUUCUUCCCAUUCUGAUUGUCCGGCAGUUUCAUCGUGUAAACCAAACAGCUGUAAAGGAUAUGUUUGUUUGUGUGAUCCGGAAACGGGCCUAAUUACCUUUAUACUGGAUGCAAGAAAGGUAGUUUCUUUCGUCGGCGAGUCGUGUACCACGGCAAUCGAUUGUCCGUAUUUAUCAUUCUGCAACACUAAUAAUAAAUGCGAAUGUUAUGCAACUGUAAGGGCAACUUCUACUAAUAGACCACACUGUGUGCUUCCAACGAGUAAAGCUGUAGGUGAAAAUUGCUCACAAACAAUCCAAUGUCCUCGAUUUUCUGUGUGUACAAAUUCUAAGUGUGUUUGUGAUAAAGGCUACAGAAAAAAGACUGACGCUGAGUAUUGGAGCAAUUCCUUAGAAACAGAUGAAUGUAUUAAAAAUGACUUUUCUUUGGGUACGUUUUUCUUUUUCACCAAAAACAACACAACGGAAUGCAAUAUCGAGUCUUUUUAUACCAGUGUCAUAAAACUUUCUCAAAUACAUGCUUUACCUUUUCAUAAUGUGAAACAUUCCCUUAAAACUACUUCAAAAGAUAGUUUAGGAUUGAACUGGAAAUUACCUCUUAGGCACUCUUACAGGGUAACAUUUCCCCUUUUCUUUCCAGAUAUGUGUGGUUCUCUGACAAUAGCGAUACCAUCGGCUCUUUUUAUUCCCCCAUCAAGUACAGUAGAGUCUAUCAGUAGCAUUCCAGUUUCAUCAAUAGACGUCUCCACCGUAUUCCAAGACGUGGUUUCAACCAUUGAAAGUACGUCUUCUGUGUCACAGUAUACGUAUAGAAUCCCGUCAGCAGCGGUUGAAACAUCAUAUGAUUAUCAACAAUUGAAUUCGCUGGUUGAAGACAGUUCCACAGCAGUAGCCAUCGAUCCCUCUACAUCCGUACCGGUCGAAUCGUCGAGCCAGAGCUUAGUGGCAGUGGAAUCGACUAAUGUAGCUACGAGUGAGACCACUUUCUUAGAUUCAUCGUCAAGUUACAUCACAAGUGUUGCAGAUAUAGAUACAUCAGCAAUGUUAGCGUCUAUUGAGUCAUCAGUAGUGUCCAGUAGUCAGAUAUUAGAGGCUUCAGGCACAUCAUCUCCAGCGUUAACUGCCAGUAAUAUGGGAACAACGGUAGUGGUAUCAUCGGUAAUUGGAACAUCGGUAAUUGGUUUAACUUCAUAUCCCUCAAGUUCUAAAACCAUGGACCUUAAUUCCUUCCAAACAGAACUACCACAACCUGUACCACCAUCUCUUAUGAAUCUUGCUUCAUCGCUUUCGCAUCUUGACAAUGCUUACACCUUAGAUCUCACAACUAAAAAAGCAGAACCACCUCUAAGUACAGCAUCAUCUGUCGUACAUACUACUUCAUCAUUGAAUUCAUUGUCCGGUCGUGCUACCAUCAAUCCAAAUACUAACACCUUAGAUCUCAUAAAUAUGCAGAUAGAAACUGUCUCAUUAUCUCUUUUACACCCAGCUUCAUCAUUGAAUUCGUUGUCUAGUCGUGCUUCUACUAACAUUCUAGAUCAAAUAACCGUUACAACUGGAUUUUCCAACUCUGCUGAUUCCUCUCUGAUCGUGCACUCUACUUCAUCUUUGAGCUCACCCCCAACUCUUGCCUCUACUUUCCAAGAUAUUAACCUUGCAACAAUUAAGACAGGAAUUUUUAACCUUAAAACGCCAUCUCUCCUCAUACAUCCUUCUUCAUCGUCCAUUGCUUCUACUUACCCACAUACUAACACUCUGGAUCUCACUGUUACAAAAAGCACUGGACCAAUAUUUGUUAUUAAUCACUCCACGUUAUCUCACAUUGCUCCAUCUAAAGAGAUUAUAUAUACUAGCACUAAAUCAGCAUCUGGAACUUCUUUACAGCCCACGGUGAAAGUUUUGAUAAUUGUGGGAACACUAUCUGGAUUGUUUUUUCUCUUAAUUGUUGCUCUCCUGGUAGCCAUCUUCUGCAAGUGUGGGGCGUUUGGUAUCCGACGAAGACGUCCAUCGUACUCAUCAGAAAGUAGUUCACUGGGAAGCAGUGAUAAAUUAACAAUACCUCGACCUUUCGUCAGUGUAUCGUCUCCCAGAUAUCUGGGAACGUGGACGACACGUGCAAGUCAUAAUGAUAUGCCGAUAUUCUACGCUAAUUCCGCAUAUCGUACUGAAUUAUGAUCGUGAUGUCGACGUGGACAGUGGACAGUGAAAUCCAAAGAUGUGUAAUCGGUGAUCAUUAUCGAUCAAUAUUGCAAUGAACAUCAAUCUCUGAAGGAUACUUAUUGUGAUCAUCUAAGUGUAUUAUAAGAAGUAUCACACGUUCAUAUUGCCUUCAAUUUCGUCCAUGACACGAUGUUACGUUCGUCAGGCUCAACCUCUUCAUAUUAUAAUACCAUUUAUUUAAUGAACUAAGAUAAAGUAUCAGCUAAAAGUAUAUUUUGUUGGGCUGGUCCCUAAACCAUUUGUCACUCUGUGUACAUAAUAUUUUGAUAUAUUGUAAUAUGAUUAAACCUCUAACUUUAGUGAUAAGACCUUGCGAUUAGUUUAGUUUUUGUUCUAAAGUUGUAACUUCAUAACGCGGCAACACCGCCAUCAAGAACGAAUGAAAUUUUCUUGUGUAUUAUGGAAUGUCCACAUGGACAGUACAAACUACAAAGUACAUCCACAACUAUUUUAGUACCCUCAAAGACGCUAGAUCUGGCAAUUACAUGGCGAGACACUUGUUUCAUGAAACAAUGGAAAAUAUAGCCACCUUUAUAAAGGUGAUUUAGGGUAUACCUGUAUACAUAUCUUUGUCUGAACAGUCUUUUUAAAAAAAUUGAGGUAAAUUAACUCCAUUUCAUUGAUUUGACUGUUUUGAGUAUUACUCGACUUGAUAUGUGCACUCCGAUUGCUUUAGCUCGAGACAUCGACUAAGUGCUAGGCGUAGUAACCUUUUAGUUGAAGCAAACUAUGUCGUAACCUAUAUUCUGUACCAAGGGUCUUGCCUUGUCAGAUCAAAAGGUAAUUUGUAAAGAUAUGAUCACGUUCUCUUCUCAUGUCGAGUUAAUCUAUGUUGGUCGUGUAUGGUGAUCUAUUUAUUUAAUCUGAUUAUAAUACGACCAUAGUAUAUCACAAUUACUUAAAGAUACUGAGUAUCCAACAUUUCUGCAUGUACAUACUGUUUGUUACUUAUGAAUAAACGAUAAUGAAUU